CGGAUCAAUAACGUAACAUUGCAUCUGCACGUAGUUUGUGUGUGUAGGUUUUUCAUACAACAACACUCGGUUCCACGAAACACUGGCUCGUAAUAACUUCAAGUUUCAGAUUAAAGACUUGGUGUGGUACCGGUGUGAUCUGACUGGACACCGACUGAAAUUCAGUCUGAAUACGUGGCUAAAAAAGAUUCUGUUUGAUUGAGUAGAAGGUUUUAUUGAGUAGAAGACUCAAUUGAGUAGACGACAAUGGGUGAUCCAAGUAAGAAACCAAGAAUGGAGGAUGAUGGUCUGGUGUUUCCUCCAAACCCCUACCUGAAGAAGCAAGAGAAAGACGUCUUAUAUCAUCUUGGGCUUGCCACGGAUAAAGACGACUUACCUGCACUCUUUGGAGAUGUCAAGUUUGUGUGUAUGGGAGGUAGUCCAACACGGAUGAAAAGAUUUGCAGAAUUCAUUGGGAAAAGACUCGGCCUUGUUCAGAAGAAUGGCUCCGGUCCAAAAGACCUGUGUUCAACAGACCGUUACUCCAUGUACAAAGUUGGCAGUGUACUUUCAGUCAGUCAUGGUAUGGGCAUGCCUUCAAUAUCGAUUCUACUUCAUGAAUUGAUAAAACUGAUGCAUCACGCAGCAUGUACUGAUGUAAUCUUCACUAGAAUGGGUACAUGUGGUGGGCUGGGUCUAGCACCAGGCACUGUGGUUAUCACAGACUCCGCUGUUAAUGAGAUGUUUCAACCAGUUUAUCAGAUGAUUGUUUUAGGCAAACAAGUUAAUCGUCCAACAAAGCUAAGCCGAGAAGUAGCUGAAGAAAUCCGAGCAGCUUAUGAGCCUGGUGCAAAGUAUGACGUUGUCAUUGGAAACACAAUGUGCACUUCUGAUUUCUAUGAAGGUCAGGCUCGAAUUGAUGGAGCCAUUUGCGAUCACACCCUGGAGGACAAGAUAGAGUACCUGAAGGCGGCUUACGACGCUGGGGUCAGAAACAUUGAGAUGGAAGGAACGUGCCUCGCUGCGAUGUGCCAUAAAUCAGGAAUUAAAGGUGCUGUUGUUUGCGUCACUUUACUUGAUCGGCUGCUUGGAGACCAAGUGAACAUGACACCAGAAGAACAUGAUGAAUGGGAACAGCGUCCUCAAGAGCUGAUGGCAAAAUUUAUUUCCAAGCGUCUGAAGCUGUGAGAGUAUACAGACUGAUCUGAAAUUAUGAAAUUAUUUGUUUUGAAGGAUCUUUAAAAGUGUGUGUGCUAGAUUUUAACAUAUUAUUACUGCCCAAAUAUUUCUUCUGGGUUUUAUGUCAUUAUGCUUUAGACAUGUAUGCAAAUUUAGCGGCUGCGAAUUGAUCGCAAUCCACUUGCUAGCUGCUGCUGUCAUUCUAGACAUGGCCAGUUUUGCAAUUAGAGACUGGGAUACUAGGGGUAUACAAGUAUUCUUAUUGGGAUACCGGGUUGCAUCGAAACUUGGUCCUGAAUAAUUAACUUGUAUUGACUCAAUCCACCAGGGCCCAAUGUCGUGGCUCUGCAUGCUUACCGUAAGCAAAUAAUUGACACUUACGGAAGCAGAGAAUUCUGUGCUUACAUCAAGCGUAUUUCACGGGUUAGCAAGGAGUUUUGGCUUGGACACGUGCGUACUUCACGUUACUAGAUAUUCUACACUUACAUGGCUUGCACAGAAAUUCGGCGCUGGCAGGUAAGCAUAGAAUGGUGAUCGUAAGCGCAGAAUUCGGCAGUCAGCAGUGCCAUGAAAUAGGGUCCUGGUGUCAUCACCCAGUAAGUUUUGCCAUUUUGGAGUCGGAUGUGUGUUUGUCAGGCAUGAUUUUCUUUCUACUUUAAUUUGUUUUCUUUUUUUUGUUAGUUUAUGUAUAAGUAGGUCAACCCUUGUACUCAAUAAAAUAUACCUCCUUUUUUUCCAUGGACCAAAUAUCAUGCCUCUGGUUGAGUGUGCAUUUUAGGUGACGUGUUUCCAGGUACUAGACCAGCACCACAUGUGACCUCAGUGCAAUGGGUCUAUACCAGGAACAUUAUGUUAUAUAGGAUUGCAGGGUACCAGGUUAGCAGGGUACCAGUUUAAUUGCAAUAAUUUCCAAAAAUUGAUUUGAGACACAAAUACUUUAAACGAAACUGUGUUCCAUCAAAAGAAAUUCAACAAAGUCACAUUUAGGAGAUAAAUGUAAAAAACCAAUUCCAGCAAAACUUUUGUGCACUCCAGUUACAAAAGUUUAAAAUCGUUUAAAAUCGUUCAUUAACUGAACACUGUAAGUUACUGUACGUGACAAUAAUUGUAGGCAUUGUGGAAAGCAGUCAGCAUGAGAGUGAACCUACAACCUUGGGAUUGCAUGCUCUGCCGUCUAACCAGUAACCACGGUGCCAGUGUUCAAACUGAGUGAAAUCAGAAGCCACAAUAUUUAGAUGUUGUCUCAAAGCCGUUACAACAUUUAAUGUGUGUAUUAAAUACUACUAAAAACUGGUUAGGAACGUAUUUCUGUCAAAAUAUCAAACAUAGUGCAAAUGCUUUUGUAUUUUUUCAAACACACUUUUUUAUCUUCAAAUUUCAUACUGAAAUCAUCCAUAAUUUAGUGGAUCAAACCUGUAAAACUUCGGGAAUAUAUUUCAAUACAAAAAGUGCUUUAAAAAGAAAAUUAUACUGAAAUUGUUAAGUCUUAUACUAAACUUACAGAAAUGAUGUGUAAAACAAUCAGUGUAGUGCUUGAGUUAUAGUAGUGAUGUUUUAAUAAUAUUAAAUUUAGUCAUAUAGAUUAUAGUAUUAAGACAUUAAUAUUUUCCAGAUGGCUAUAUUGAAAAAAAAAAUGUUUUAUUUUGUAGAAUUUAUUCUUUUUCCCUUUUGUAAAUAAUGGACCAAUUCUAUGUCAUAAUUGAUAGCCAUUUGGUAUAGAGAGUAUAAGAACUUAGAUGAGGAAAUUGUUGUGAAUGAAAGAGUCGGUUAUUUAAUGUCAUAAACUCUUUUCAGGUUAUGUUUGUUGGUUGUUAUACAGCUAACCCUGAGAACAGUAUAUGUUUUAUACAAAGUGCGUGUUGUUUUCGUAGACUUUGGGCAAGUUGUGACCCAGCGGUUAAAGGGACACGUUGCCUAUGAUCGGUCGAGUUGGUCUUUGAAAAGCGGUGUAACCGUUUGUUAUAGA